CCUUCCUUCCUCUCCCAGGCCCGAGCCAUGGCAACAGCGUGACGUGGGGGUACCGAGAGCUGCGGGAGCAGCGAUCCCGGCUUCAGUUCUAGCCUACCCGGCAGCCUACACGGGAGCAAGGCGAGAGGUGCUGCCGCCUCCCGUCGUCCCUGCGCUCGGAGGCCCCCAACCAGCCCAGCGGCUGCCUCUUGCUGCUCCUCCUUUGGAGUGAGGCGGGCGCAGCCGGUGUCAGAACUUAGAGGGCCGGGCAGGGUCGCGCGCAUGGCCUGGACGGGCUCGCGGCGGGUCCCGGCUGGGACGCGCGCAGCAGCCGAGCGCUGCUGCCGGCUCUCCCUCCGCCCGGGGACGCGCCCGGCCCCGCCCCCAGGCCCUCUGCCGCCGCCGUCGCGACCAAUGAGGUUUCUGACCUCCUGCAGCCUCCUCUUGCCUCGGGCUGCCCAGAUCUUGGCGGCUGAGGCUGGCUUACCGUGGAGCCGUUCCUUUAUGGGAUUUGCUGCCCCCUUCACCAACAAGCGAAAGGCUUACUCGGAGCGUAGAAUCAUGGGGUACUCAAUGCAGGAGAUGUAUGAAGUGGUGUCCAAUGUCCAGGAGUAUCGUGAGUUUGUGCCCUGGUGUAAGAAGUCUCUAGUGGUAUCCAGCCGUAAGGGUCACUUAAAAGCCCAGCUGGAGGUUGGCUUUCCACCUGUCAUGGAACGUUACACCUCUGCAGUUUCCAUGGUCAAACCUCACAUGGUCAAGGCUGUUUGUACUGAUGGCAAGCUCUUCAACCACUUAGAGACCAUUUGGCGAUUCAGCCCUGGUAUUCCUGCCUAUCCUCGAACCUGCACUGUGGACUUUUCGAUUUCCUUUGAAUUUCGUUCUCUGCUGCACUCCCAGCUGGCCACCAUGUUUUUUGAUGAGGUUGUCAAACAGAAUGUUGCUGCCUUUGAGCGUCGGGCAGCCACCAAGUUUGGUCCAGAAACAGCCAUCCCCCGUGAACUGAUGUUCCAUGAGGUGCACCAGACUUGAGGCAAGGGAUUGCUCCCUGACCUCCUUUCUACUCCACUUCCCUUCGCAAUUCUCUUAUUUAUUUGGUUUGGCUCCUGCUCCAAUUUGAAAGGAGUCUGUGUUCGUAAUACUGUUUCUCCUCUCAAUUCCCCAGAAAUUGGGUUCUAUGCUGGCUGGAAAUGUUAGGGGAAAGAGAAGGCAAAGGAUGUGGAAAUGAGAGGUGCUUAGGAAAGGGUCAGGCCCAUCGGAGGAGCACCAUAUGCCUGCAGCCUUUUCACUACGAAUUAGAAUAAGGACUAUGUGGUUGUCUCUGGGCCUUAUCAAGACACCUUAGUGUCGGACCAGGAGAAGAGAGUAACUUUUCUAAGGAUUGAAUAAAUUGAGCUUUUCUUCUGGCACAGAGGUACUGAGUGGUAAGUAACUUUUACCCUGCCUGAGAUUCCUCAGGAGAAAAGGCAACCUGCCUCCAGCCUGAGAUACAUAAAGCCUCAUUUUAAGACUAUAAGUCCAUGCUGCCUGGCUACUAGAGAGCAAGGGGCUUUCUUACCACCAGUGCCAAGGAGAAAAGUACUGAACGGAAACGGAGUUGUCUUUGUACUCUUGAGUUGUACCUUAUUCUUCCACUUGGCCUGAGUUUUUAUAAAAUGUCAAUAAAUUGUGACAGUGUGAA